GCCUGCCCGCCCACCAUGCUGCAGUGCAGACCAGCCCAGGAGUUCAGCUUCGGCCCCCGGGCCCUGAAGGACGCCCUGGUCUCCACCGACCCGGCCCUGCAGCGGCUCUACGUCUCCACCUUCUCCCCCGCCGAGAGGCUCUUCCUGUCCGAGGCCUACAACCCCCAGCGGAGCCUCUUCUGCACGCUGCUCAUCCGCACUGCCUUCGACUGGCUCCUGAGCCACCCCGAGGCCCCGGAGGACUUCCAGACCUUCCACGCCUCCCUGCAGCACAGGAAGCAGAGCCUGGCUCGGAAGCACAUUUACCUGCAGCCAAUAGAUCUGAGCGAGGGGCCGGUGGGGGGCUCCCUGCUGGACAGCCUGCGCAGCUGCACGGAGGCCUUCUUCCUGGGCCUGCGGGUCAAGUGCCUGCCCUCGGUGGCAGCCGCGUCCAUCCACUGCUCCUCGCGCCCCAGCCGGGACUCCAGCAGGCUCCAGCUCCACACGGAUGGCAUCCUGUCCUUCUUGAAGAACAACAAGCCGGGUGACGCACUGUGCGUGCUGGGCCUCACGCUGUCCGACCUGUACCCCCGAGAGACCUGGAGCUACACCUUCGGCAAGUUCCUUCCAGGGCACGAAGUGGGCGUCUGCAGCUUUGCCCGGUUCUCGGGGGGAUUCUUGCAGUCAGGGCCCGGCACCCCUGACCGCGCCCUGGUGGAGGCAGCAGCAGAUGGCCCUGAGGCCCCCCUGCAGGACAGAGGCUGGGCCUUGUGCUUCAGUGCCCUGGGGAUGGUCCAGUGUUGCAAGGUCACGUGCCAUGAGCUCUGCCACCUCCUUGGCCUGGGGAACUGCCGCUGGCUCCGCUGCCUCAUGCAGGGCGCGCUCAGCCUGGACGAGGUGCUGCGGCGGCCCCUGGACCUCUGCCCCAUCUGCCUGCGGAAGCUGCAGCACAUCCUGGGCUUCAGGCUCCUCCAGAGGUACAAGAGACUCCACGCCUGGACUCGGGUGGUGGCAGGAACGUGGCCCAGCCAGGAGGCAGGGGAGCCGUCUGUGUCGGAGGACACCCUGCCCAUCAGCGCCGACUCAGGCGUGUGCUGCGAGAGCGACUCGGAGCCCGGCAGCAGCCUGUCAGAGCCUCUCACGCCCGACGCCGGCAGCCACGCCUGCUCCUUGGGGCCAGAGCUGGAGCCCGAGGAUGGGCUGAGCUCCCUGGUGGCCUCCGAGGCUCCACCGCUGCUUGGGAGCCCUGCAGAAGCCAUCAAGGAGCAUGAAGGGUGGCUGGCCAUGUGCAUCAGGGCCCUGGAGAGGGAAGGGGCUGAGGAGGAGCUGGCGCAGGUGGACCAAGCUGUGGACGCCCUUGACCGGUGGGAGAUGUUCACAGGGCGGCUCCCAGCCACCAGGCAGGACCUGCCCCGUGGCCGAGACAGCGUGGGGCUGCGCAGGGUGCUGGGGGGCACGUUCUCCUCCCUGAGGAGGAGGCUGAGUGCUCGCAAACUCUCCAGGGCGGAGUCUUCCCCCUGCCGCCGGGACGGGGAGGAGAACUAGCACAGCAUGGGCUGUCCCAUGGCUGUCACUGUCCAGUGACCGAGGGUGCGGACACACCGGGGAUUAAUAGGAAAGGUCCUCUCAAGGAGCUGCAGAAGAUCUGUCUUCAGACGGCUCUUUCAGCCUGUGUCGCGCCAGCAGCCCCAGCACCCCGCUGGUGCCUCUCAGCGAGCACUUGGACGUGGCUGUGCGUGGCUCCUCGCCUGCUGAGGGAGCAGGGUGCUCCCUGUCUCCUUCCAGGGGGCGCAGUUGGGGCUGCUGAGUCUGCUCACUUAUUUCGGGCCAGAGCGGGAGAGGCUGUCCCAGGUGCUGGCACAGGGGUGGCCUGGGGGCAGGCGGGCUCUGCUACUGCACACCCAGCUGCCAAGGCUGGUACUGGUUGGUCUCAGCUUAAAGAGAAAGCGAGGGGGUUUUGUUUCUCUCUAAAGUGUCAAACACACACCCAGGGCCACUUUCUGCAGCACUAAUGGCUCUGGUCCAUGAGCGUCUCUGAAAGUUCUGGAGAAUUUGCCCACUGGGCUUUGCCUUCUCUUCUGACAAACGCUGCAGGAAAGGCGGGUGUCUAACGGUGUAUGUGACACAGAGGCCACCUCAGUCCCAGGCUGCUGUUGGUUGUCACUCAUGGUGGCGAAGGUAAAUAGCAGGGUGUUCU